AUGUCAUCAGCCUCGCCCGCUCCCUUGUCAUCGGAGCCUUCUGAUGAGCUCUUGGGGCCUGCUUCGCCUGGUUCUCCCGUUCCCGCGAAGCGCAUAUUAGAUCGCUGGAGGCAGAAGGGCUCACAGGUUGGGAUUGGACAACAAACGGCCUUACAGUGGUGGCUUGAACCGACGCAGCGAGAGAAUUUCCCCCUCUACCGUAUGGCUAUUGACAUAUUCUGCAUCCCCUCCAUGUCUACGGAAGCAGAGCGAAUCUUCUCAGGCGCAAAACGACAGGUUAGAUGGGAUAGAAGUAGGAUGUCUGCCAAAAUGGUAGAGGCAUGUGAGUGCAUUAAAAGUUGGAUAAGUGUUCCAAAGGGAAAGAGCAGGCCGCUUCUUGCAGGGGUGUUUAGGGAAGCGGAGGAUAUCGACGCGGCUCGUGGCUAUCCAGCACUGGCUUUACCUCCCAACCCGACCAUUGAGAAUCUGUCCAAGAUUACCUGGAAGAACCGUCGCUUCGUCCAAGAGGAUUUGUUGGCUCGAAAAGGUGCAAAGGGCAGGAAGAGCUGGAUUAGGUCGCAUGGAACCUUCCUUGUCGAACUGAACUAUCAGGAUCUACCGAUAGGUCACGUCUGGUGCUGCAAUUGA